GUAGAGUAUGCUAGAGUAGAAGACCGUUGACAUUCACUGUAAAGGAAACAAGUGUCUGCUUUUGUUGGUAUUUAUAGGGUGGUAAAAAUUGCCUUUAUUUGUUAAUUAGAUGAAGCAGUCCGAUAAUAGCCAGUGUGGAAGUGUAGACAUGUUUGAUAACUCACAGUAUCCAUAUAACUGCUUCAACUAUGAUGGAGAUGGAUACCCUUCCUGCAGCACAGAUGAAGACAAGAAGAUGUGUCGACCUGCUUACAGUUACAUAGCGUUGAUAGCCAUGGCCAUCCAGCAGAGUCCAGAGCACCGGGUCACCCUGUCAGGGAUCUAUGAGUUCAUCAUGAAGCGCUUUCCCUACUACCGGUCCAACCAGAGGGCAUGGCAAAACUCCAUACGACACAACCUCUCUCUCAACAGCUGCUUUGUUAAGGUUCCCCGUACGGAGGGAAAUGAGAAGGGGAAAGGCAACUACUGGACCUUCGCCACCGGUUGUGAGUCCAUGCUCGACCUCUUUGAGAACGGCAACUUUCGGCGUCGCCGGCGCCGACGCAACAUGAAGAUUGGUUUCAGAGAGCCUGGGGAGCCUUUCCUGCCAGUAAAUAACAACAAUAACAACAUCAACAACCAACAAAGCGGCUCCACCAGGCGGUCCGAUCCUAACCCCUACCCGGACUCCUUCUGCUCCAUCAGCCCUGCCCACAGACCAGGUCACCACAACCCCCUCAACCCAAACUGCCAGGGGAAACCAGAACCGGAAAUUAAAUUCAGUAUUGACUACAUCCUCUCCACCCAAGACCCCCCUCUGCCGGGCUUCAGACCCCCACAUAGUGGUACAACAGAGCCCCACAUACACAUUCUGGAGCCCCAACACCUCAACCUGCACUUCUGGACCCUGUGAGUGUCACAGUCUUGACUAGAAAGAGAGCGAAAGACUAUGUCUGAAAGACUGGAUGGUUUUCCCUCCAUAUCUGAAUUAGUAAAUGAAGAGAUCGAAAGACUAUAUCUGAAAGACUGGAUGGUUUUCCCUCCAUAUCUGAAUUAGUAAAUGAAGAGAUCGAAAGACCUCCUUUUGUGCAAGGGGAUAUUUUAUUGACUUGUCCUGUAAUUAAAUAACAUAGAGAGGUCCAGUAUUGUGCUGUGGAUCCUAGCUGAUUAUAGUAAAUAUACAUUAGUAUACACUCAAAAGAAACUUGUACACUGUUCAUAGUCUUGUCCCAAGGCAUACAUGUUUACAUUACGCUUUAUCCAUAAAGUGGGAUGUUCUGUUGCGAAGGUCUGUGAAAAUAAUGAUUCACCUAUAUAAUAUCUAUAAUCUAUAUAAUAUCUUGCCUAUUUUAAGUACAGGAUAAUACAGAGUAUGCUGACUGUAUGAGAAAGCUGAUAAAACUGAAGGGAGUGUGAUAUCAUCAUGAACUAUUAAGAUUAAAAGGUAAUAAUCUCUACAAUGUUUUGGGCUAGUGAAAGUGUCAAAGCAAUGAACAGGGUAAAGGGCACAUGUCACAGCUGGUACUCAGCCACUUCAACCCUUGUUGUGAUUGAAGGCAAUUAUCAUGAGGUUGAAUUAAUCCAGGCUGAGCCCUCUCUAAACCUAAUCUUUCCCAAUGACCUUUUAAAUUCUCCUGAGACUGACAUAGUCCAUAUUUAAUCCAGGCAUUCCAUUAAAAUACAUUAUAUUCAUAUAUUGUAUGUAGGAGUUUAAACAUGGGGUCUACUCUGCUAACAUUUAUUUCCCUGUUAUGAGGAGGGAUAUCAAUCAUCUCCGGGCUUCUCUUGCUUGUUUGAAGGGACAAUUUUCAAUUUAACCUUUCUAUUAUGCCGUGACUACAUCAUUCAGGACAGGAGGGGUUUCAACAGAACACAACAACACACUUAACAUGAGUGGCAUUUAAUAUAGCAUUACACUUGCAAGGUGAGACCGAGAUGUGACCCUAGUCAAAUACAGAGGCCUGCCAUAACAUUGCCGCAACCCCCU